CGCAGAGAUGAUCGAAGCAGCAGUAGUAGCAAGUGUAGCAGCGAGCGAGCACCGCACUGCACACGAGAUCAAACACAACCAGCAGACGAAAAUGAUGGAUGCCCUGGCUGCCUACUCGUGGUUCGGGCAGCUGUCGGUGGUGGUAAGCGUGGUGGCCGUGUGCUGGACCAUGGUGUGGCAGAACCUGGAGCACAUCCGGCUGCAGCAGUUCUUCGCGCGCAACAUCAACCGCCGCGCGCGGCGGCUCGCCGCCAUCGUCGACCCCUACCUCUCCCUCACCUUCGAGGAGUACGAGGGCGGGCGCAUCAAGAGCAGCGACGCCUUCAAGGAGGUCCGGUCCUACCUCACCACGGUCAGCACCCGCGACGUGCGCCACCUCCGGGCCGAGUGCGCCGGCACCCGCGACGGCGGCGCCGACAAGCUCGUGCUCAGCAUGGCCAAGGGCGAGGAGGUGGCCGACGCCUUCCGAGGCGCCACGGUCUGGUGGUUCGCCGACGCCGUGCCGCCGCCGCGCGACGCCGUGCCCUACUGGAGCCGCGCCGAGCGCCGCUACUUCCGGCUCGAGUUCCACGAGAGCCACCGCGACCUCGUGCUCAACCACUACGUCCCGCACGUGCGCCGCCAGGGCCGCGCCAUCAUGGUCCAGAACCGCCAGCGCCGCCUCUACACCAACAUCCACCGCGAAGACUACGACGAUGGUUGGUACGAGGACGUUUGGACCCAUGUCCCGUUCGACCACCCCAAGACGUUCGACAAGCUGGCUAUGGACCCCGCCAAGAAGAAGGAGAUCAUGGACGAUCUCGACAUGUUCAGGAACGGCAAGGAGUACCACAACCGCGUCGGCAAGGCGUGGAAGCGGGGGUACCUCCUCUACGGGCCGCCGGGCACCGGCAAGUCCACCAUGGUCGCGGCCAUGGCCAACUACCUCGACUACGACGUCUACGACUUGGAGCUCACGUCGGUCAAGACCAACACCGAGCUCCGGAAGCUGCUCAUCGAGACCAAGAGCAAGUCCAUCAUGGUGUUCGAGGACAUCGACUGCUCCCUCGGCGUGGCCGGCAAGCGCAGGAGCAAGGAGGAGGAGGACAAGGACGUUGAGGAGGACAUGGCCGACGGGGACCCGCGCCGCCCGGGCAAGAAGGACGCCAGGAGCAAGGUCACCCUCUCCGGCCUGCUCAACUUCAUCGACGGGCUGUGGUCGGCGUGCGGCGAGGAGCGGCUCAUCGUCUUCACCACCAACCACCCGGAGAAGCUGGACCCGGCGCUGAUCCGGACGGGGCGGAUGGACAAGUGGAUCGAGAUGUCCUACUGCGACGCCGAGUCCUUCGGCUUCCUCGCCAGGAUGCACCUCGACGGCGAGGACGCCGAAGGCCACGAGCUGUUCGGCGUCGCCAGGGCGUUGCUCGAGGAGGUGAACAUGGUGCCCGUCGACGUCGGCGAGCACCUGACGCGGAAGAGCGUCGGCGACGAUGCCGGGUCGUGCCUCGCGAGGCUGGUGGCGGCGCUAGAAAAGGCCAAGGAGGAGGAAGCUGCCAACAAGCCGGAGGCGGCAGCGGCGCGGGCUGAAGAAGAUGGGAAGAAGGGGGUAUGAUCGGUGUGCAAACCAGGGAUGGUAUAUAAUUAGGGUCGCUGCUGGUGCUGGUUCGUCCGUCAGGUUGCUGUCUCCUGACUUUCCUGUGAUGUGUAUGCAGUAAUUAGGAACAAUCCAUCUAUGCUUGUGAUUAAGUAACUAUUGGUAUGGGCAGUUGUGGCUGUAAGCAUGUAUUCAUGUAUUUUGUUAUGUAUAAAUUUGAUACUAGUAAGUUGUAAUAAUGAGUUGGUGCAGUUCAUCACCUUGCUUGUACUAUUUACAAACUACACUACAAUUGAAGAAUGUUGUGUCUUCACAUAUA